GUUCACUAAAUUUAUAUAAAUGUAUAUUCUUAUUAAAUACAAGUAGUUAGUUAUUUCAUUUUAUAUUAUAACGUACUAGUUUAAAACUUUAAUAAAAUUAAAUUUUAAAAAGGACGUUAAAGUUAAAUAGUAUUUCAAAUUUGGCGGGUGUGGUAAGUGUAUAAGUUGACAAGUAUUUGUAAAUUUGGCUACACUGAAAAGAUAAGCACAAGAUAAAUAAAACGAAAAAAUAGUGGUGCCCUACGUCUCUAAUUUUUCGAUUUAAGAGAUCAAUACCUUGUUGUUAGUGUUUUUCUCAUUUAAAUAUAUCCAGCAAUAAUAUUAUUAAGUUUUGAUUGUAUACCUUCGCAAAAGUUGCGAAAUGCUUGUGGAUCAAUAGCAUGAUGUAUAAUAGUGAAAUGACUGUUUCCCCUCUUGCUCAAUAAUUAGUGAUUAUUGUGAAUGGUGAUAGAUUUUGUUGAAUAAUUUUAUUGUUCGUCACUAUUCAAAGCAAUAUUGGUGUUGAAAUACUGUACCAUAAUGAAUUCCAAUAACCACAACCCACAUCGCAGAAAUUCUUCUAAUUUCAACAGACACAACAAUAACCACCCGAAUCGUUCCAAUCAUCCUAUAAAUCAUCCUCACAAUCACCAAAAAUGGCCAAGCAGAUACCCUAAAGAGUAUAAUAGAGAAUAUGAAACUAAUUUUACAAGACGUGAAUGCCUUGUUCCUCCCAAUGGUAGUCCUAAAGAGCCAAAUCAUUUGCAUAGUUACCCGAAAAACCCUCAGCUGAGUCCAGGAGCAAGAAACAACCAUAGUCAUUAUGGCAAUGAAGCUUCAGGUAUUCACUCAGGGCACCAACAUCCUGCAGUUCGAGUAGUCUCAAUGCCUAUGGGCCAUGGAGGAAACGGCGGCGCUCAGAACUACCAUGGCGGAGGUGCUGGUGUUCCAGUUGUAAAUAAUGGAGACCGUCGGCACAUGCCAAGUUUGGUGGACAGACGGCAUAUAUCUCCACCACUGCACAUCAACAUAUGCGAAAAUACAAAUGGUAUGAUGAAUAUAAACACGCCACCGGCAGAGGGCAUGCAGAUGCAUCAGAGGGCAAUGAUGGACUUUUCUCACGGAAGAAGAAGACAUGGAAUAGAUAUGCGUGUAAGUCCUGUUCAUUUCCAACAGCACUCUCCGCCGUUCUAUAGACAGUCCAGCGAUGAGUAUAUCAAGAGUGAAAGUCCAUCUUGCAAACGCAGGCGUUUGUCCCGUUCUGGGCAUCAUAUUGAUUUGAAUGUCCAACCGCCUUCACCGCCUCGUCGCUCUCCUAGACAACAUCAACCAUCUACUUCUCAUCCACCAAUGCAGGUUCCAGUGACGAUUCCAGUGAACCAUGAAGCAGUAUGGAGCUAUUCGACUUCUCCACAUGUGUCUAUAUGCACAGUACCUCCGAGCGCACCGCCCCACAUGCACAACUGUCACUUGCACAACGUAUACGCUGCUGUACCACCGCUCGUACCUCAACAAUUCCCUCCGGGAUGCAUCCCUCACCAGACUUUCGCUACGUUCGGUCCUCCGGCUCCUAGUGCUGUUCCAAUGCCGGCCCAACACUAUGCUCAUCAACGUAUUCCUACACAGAGACCCGAUACUUUUGAAUUAGAUCUGCUCAACGACCAUCAUCAUCACCACCAUGCUCAUACUCAUUCCGCUAUCCAUGGGGCCUCAUCUCUACACGUGCCACCCAUCCAAAUGUCUUCGCCUGCUUCGCUCUUCCUAUCAACAGAAACUAGGGCUACUUCGUUGGAUCUUUUGCACGCCGCACGUACGCGUCAGCAUAGAAAUACGCGUUUACCGCCGCCCAGAACCCGCUGGCACCAUAGCCCACCACUUAUUGCAGCACCUGCUGGAUUUUUGCUUCACUUCUUCACAAUGUUCUCCAAUUCACCAAUGUCUCCAUUUAGCCAAAGCAGCUCAGAUUCUACUGAAACAGAAAACUACGAAGCUUUACUCAAUCUUGCAGAGCAGCUCGGUGAGGUUAUUCCACGUGGCUUGAGCAAGCUCGAGAUUGAACAACUCGUGAGCUAUAAGUAUGAUGCAGAAACCCACGAGGGCGAUCAGACUUCGUGCGUUGUUUGCAUGUGCGACUUUGAGGCUCGCCAGGUGCUCAGGGUUCUGCCCUGUUCCCACGAGUUCCACGCCAAAUGUAUUGAUAAGUGGCUGAGGUCAAAUAGAACUUGUCCUAUUUGCCGAGGUGACGCUUCGGACUACUUCACCAAUAGCGAAUAGUUUUUUUGCCUUUUUCACAUAAAUUACCACUUCUAUAUUUUCAAAUAUCACCAAUUGCAACGCUUUAAGAGUAAUUUUUGUGUCAGGUGCCAUUAGUUGCCAGUAAUAAAUAGAAUAAAUGUCAUUUUAUUUUCUAUUAAUAAUAUUAAUAACUAUAGUAAUUGUUAAUUUUUAAGGAUGCAGCAAUAUUCCGGGUGUCUGAUAAUUUGCAAUUUAAUUUUGAUGACGUUUUCUUUAAAUUUGAUUCUGUUUUGAAAACAAAACUAUAUCUUAUCUCCGUCCUAUAGAACAUCAUAAAAAUAUCCAAAAACAUUCUACAAUUAGUGUGACAAAGUUAUUUAAUACUAAUAUUAGAAGUGAAAGUUAACUUUUAACUGGUCUGGUACAUCUUUCCAUUGACAUGGUUGGCGUCUUUACUUUAAUGAGAAAAUAUUUUUAACAAUACAUUAUUUGGACUUUCAAGAUAAAAAAAGCAGAUCUCCACGGCAAAUAAUAAGAUCAUCACUCUCCCAAGAGUGUAAAUUAUAGUGAGAUGAUUAUUAUUAUUAUUAUAACAUAAAAAUGAAAUUGAAGCAUUUAUUUGAAAGCUCAUCAUGAUAUACCUCAAAAAGGUUUGAAAUAACCAUGCCAGUUCUGUUUUUUCUUAACUUUGAAAAUAUAGUCAAAACCUUUGAUCAUAUAAACACUAGAUACACUUACCUUGUACUACAACAAAUGUUUUGUUCUAUCAUUUCGAGAACAUUUAGGCUAAUGUUGUUUAUCUCAUAGUAAACAUAGGCGGGUAAAAUAAAAAUUAAUGGGUCUGAA